AUGGUUUUUCAAAAAGAAAAUUCAGAUACUAAUGGUUGGGUUGCUGGCUGUGAUCCACAUACUAUCUCAUUUGGUAGUGCGUUAUUUGAAAUUACAGAAAAAGCGGCUAGGGUCAGGACAUUAUUAGAAAAAAAACGAAGGAAUGAAGAGAUUUGCAAUUUAAUUUCAGCAUCAAGUGAAUCUUCAUUAAUUAAUAAUAUUAAGAAAGAGAUAAUUAAAGAAAAUCAUGUAUCUUUUAGCAAAGUUGCCGACUUAAUUGAGGCAAAAUUACUGGACUUGGGUGAAAAGAAUGAGAAAUGCAUGAGUAUGAACAUUAAAAAAAGCAUAGAGGCCAGCAAUGAAGCAAUAAAAAAGAAUUCAACAGAAAUAAUUGAGAAAGUGUCAUCAAGUAUCACUAAUAACAAUCAUAUCAACGAUUUCAGUGACUCAUUAGUUAACUUAUUGCUUGAACAUAGAAAUAAUAUAAAAGAUUCAUUAGCAGAAUUAAUCAGUAUUAUUAACCAGAAGGAAAGUAGGAUUUCACAAGAAGUCUGUAAAUUUAUUGUGGAACGUGAUGAAAAAGAGAAAUCGAUUUAUCUCUCUCAACUUAAUAUUAUACAAAAACAAUAUGAACUUAUUAUUCGAGAUUUAAGAAAGAGAAACAUGUUUUUGGAGCGCGAUAUAGAAUCUAAACAAUUUUGUGAGAAGAAGUUGCAUGAACAAAUUAAGUCAAUGGAUAACGAGGCUAAAGAGGCGGUAUUGUUACUAGAAGAAAAAGAUUUCAAGAUUAAUUUUUUAAAUUCACAAAUUAAUCAAUUGAAAGAUGAGAAUCAGGAAUUAAGGGAUAAAAAUAUUAAUCUACUCAACAAAAAUCAAGAAAUUACAGCGAAUUAUUCAAAUAAAUAUUGCUUAUUGAGAAAUAAAUAUUUGUUUCUUGGAAUUAGAUUUUUGCAUGCCACACUGGAAAAUUUAAUUUCUUCAAGGCGUAAGGAAGCAUUCAAUAUUUUGAAAAACAAUUCCGAAUUCAAUUCUUUCAAUUCAAAAAUGACUGAAAACUUAUCAAAAACAUUUAGGAACUCUGCUAAAUAUGAUUCGAGCACUCAAAUACCAAUUAAGGUCAAUGAAAGCAACUUGUUUAAUCUUUUGGAUGUUGAGAAACGCAUCAAAGAACAGGAAAAGGAGCAAAGUUUAGUUAAUGCACUGUUAAGUAUGAUUAGCGGACAGAACUACACACAGUUAGCAUUAUUUACAAAAAUAAUUAACCAGAAAAGAGUAGAGAUUUUGACUAAAGUAUUUUCAAUACUUAAGAUCUAG